CACAGAGUCAAAGAGAAGUGCAAGAAAGAGCAGUGUGAGGGAGACAGGGCCACGCUGAUAAAUGAAAAGAAAGAAAGGAGGGAGAGAGAGAGAGUCUGUGUGUGUGUGUGUGAGAGAGAGAGAGAGACUGAGAUAGAGAGGUCUCGCGCGCGCGAGAGAGCGAGGGGUGGGGAGUCGAGCGCGAGACAUGCCCAGGCUGAAAGUCUGAAUCUGAGAGAGGAAGAAAGCUGGUGAAGGUUCAUUCUUGUUUUUCCUGUCACAAGUAAAAAUAACUUGUACGAAAAGGACGUCUCUUUUCAGUGAUCAGUGUUUGUUUUGUCACUCAAAUACUUUUUCGAUUUUUAUGGACCUGAAAUUUUUUUCUUGAACCUUUGUGAGCGGACAGCCACCAGAUUUCCACUUCAUUCAUAGUCGCGAUAGUUCAGAAACAAACUUCUGUGUGGAACUGUUUUUCCUAUUCAGCAUGGGAUUUGGGAAAGGACUACUUCUGCUUGGGCUAGCAUGUGCACUGGGAAAUCAUGUUCUGGGGUGUAGAAUUGGCUUGAGCUACAGCAAAACUAUCAAAGACUGCACCGAUGUUGAUGAGUGUUCAGAAAAUCCAUCGCGAUGUGGGAGUCAUUCAAGAUGCAUUAACACAAUUGGCAGCUACUACUGUCAGUGCCUGCAUGGAUUCAUUCACAGUUCAAAAUAUGUUAACUUCACACAGGGACAGUGCAUAGAUACAAAUGAGUGUAUAGGUAAUUCAUCUAUAUGUGGGAGUCAUUCAAGCUGCAUUAACACAAUUGGCAGCUACUACUGUCAGUGCCAACACGGAUUCAUUCACAGUUCAAAAAAGGCUAACUUCACAGAGGGACAGUGCAUAGAUUUUAAUGAGUGCACAGACAGUGAAAAUAAAGAAGAGCUGUGUGGACCCAAUGGAGUGUGUAAUAAUAUUAUUGGGAGUUAUUGGUGCAACUGCUCAAAUGGCUACACCAAUUACAGCGCGGAAAGGACACCAUGCUCAAAACUCGAUUGUGAUAACUUCCGUGCUGAGAAAAAGCCAACACAGUUGCUCGGGGGCCUGGCAAACAUCAUGUCCAUGAUGAGAAACAGCUGUUUGGCCCUGUCUGGAACUGGCAGCAAAGUAAAGCUUGAUGGAGAUGCGCUACUGGAGAAACUUUUCACAGAGACUGAUGCGAUGCUGUCUCCUGGAACCCAGAACAUCGAUGAAAGUGUGAGCGGGCUGCUCACUGCUGUGGAGAAAUCGAUUUUAUUCAUUGGGCCUCAGCUAAAAGACAACCACACUAAGAUGGAGAACAACAAGAUAGAUGCACAGAUUGCUGUUCAAAGAGGAACGACCCGACCAACUGGAGACAUUCGUCUGUCCAGUGAAUAUGCUUAUCUGGACACAGACUGGACAACAGCAGCCGGGACGGGAAAAUAUCCUGGUUUUGCUGUGGCUGCAUUGUUGAGCUACAAAAACCUUGAAAGCUCUGUGAACAGGUCUUUCGAGAUGGUCAAAGGAGCUAAAGAAAACGGAGCGGACCCCUCCUACCAGGUCUUCUCUAAAGUUGUGUCUGUGGUGGUCUCAAAUCCGUCGACUCAGAAACUGAGCCGCUCUGUCAACAUCACCUUCAGACAUCUUGAGGACAUAGAGGAAUCGACUAACGUGAGUUACAUCUGUGCAUAUUGGACCGAGACAGGGGCCUGGUCCACAGAUGGUUGUUCUAAGCAGGACUCCAAUGCCUCACGCACCAUAUGUACAUGUAACCAUCUGAGCAGCUUUGCAGUGCUCAUGGCUCUUCACCCCAUCGAGCACACCUAUGGGCUCGAGCUGGUGACUAAAAUAGGACUGACCAUCUCCCUGUUGUGUCUCACACUCUGCAUCCUGACUUUCAAGUUCUGCCGUUCCAUACAGGGAACCCGCACCACUAUCCACCUGCACCUCUGCAUCUGUCUCUUCAUAGCUGAUCUUAUCUUCCUGGCUGGCAUUUCUCAAACUAAACCUGUGGGUGGCUGCAGGUUUGUUGCAGCAAUGCUCCAUUUCUUCUUCCUGGCGGUAUUCACCUGGAUGCUGUUAGAAGGGGUGCAGCUGUACCGUAUGGUUGUUCUGGUGUUCAAUGCCACCAUGCGGCCCCUCUACCUAUAUGCUGUGGGCUACGGGACGCCUCUGUUUAUCGUCAUUAUAUCCGCCUGCGUUAGAGCAAACGGAUACGGCACUAAAAAAUACUGCUGGCUGUCCACGGAUGACGGCUUCGUCUGGAGCUUCUUCGGGCCUGUGUGCUUAGUCAUCUUUGUGAAUGUCUUCUUCUUUAUCAUCACCGUCUGGAAACUUGCCCAGAAGUUUGCCAGCCUCAACCCAGACCUCUCCAACCUGCACAAAAUUAAAGCUUUCACUGUGACAGCUGUAGCCCAGAUGUGUAUUCUGGGUCUGAUGUGGGUAUCUGGGGUCUUCUUGUUUCAAGAGGAUCCCCCUGUUGCGGUGUCGUACAUUUUCACCAUCUUCAACAGCCUGCAGGGCGCACUGGUCUUCAUCAUGCACUGUCUGCUGUCCAAACAGGUGAGAGAGGAAUAUGCCAAUUUCCUCUCCUGUAUCUGCACGUCACAGAAGAAGAGAUACUCAGACCUAAGCACCACAAAUCCCUCCAGCAGUCAAUCACAAGGUUCAAAGAGUGGGCAGCAAACAGGAGAAUCACAAAUAUGAAGAGCUCAAGCUCAAGCUUUACUCCAAAGACUUAAUGACUAUCACACAUUCAGUCUAUUUUGUCACCUACAGCAAUUUUUCAUUUAAACUUGAUUCCGGUGAAGUCUAAAAGCAGUGACUCACUAAAUGACUACACAAUGCUGGCUGGGGGCUGUUGGCAGAUUCACCCACACUCGGUGACUUGGGGAAAAAAAGAAAUAAAGUGGUUCCUGGAUAUUUACAUUUAAACUAUAGUUUUUAGUUUUAUCCAAGUCCUCUUAAAAUCCUUUAUUUCAAAAUAAAAUGUCAUUCUUAGGUACUGAUAGCAAGCAUUUAUAGCUUGUCUUUAAAGUGUCACAUCAUAAAACAGUAAGAAAUGAAAUUGUGACCUGUUAAGCACAGGUUAUUCCUCGUAGGUAACGUAAUGUUAAUGGGACCAAAUUUCAGUUCAAUCCAGUAGCAUCGUUUGCUACUCACAAGGUCGCAAGGUCCGAUUUACCUCCUGAAUAUGGUUAUUUUCCUCAUCGUUUGUGUGCUGUAGUACUCUUUGUAGUUCAAGGCGUACUGGUAAUGACAGAUUUUUAUCACUGAGUUAAAAAAAAAAAAGUCAUUACAGUCACAGGCA